AUGCUCACUGAUAGUUGGAAAGAUCUCGCUGCUAAAGCUCGAUCCACUUUUCAAGCCUCGUUGGAAAAAGCGAUUGAGCUAGCAGGAUUUGAUGAUGAAUUAACGCAAAAAUAUGGCAACUUGCCUUCUUCAAUUGGGAAAGAUACUGAAGACUUUGGGUUGCCAGCCCAGUAUCCGUUGCAAGAGUAUAUAAAAACAUUGCCCAAAGAAGUUUUGAACAUCACCGAGAAGGACCCUGUUGAAUUAUUGAAGGAUCUUCAAAGUAGAAAAGUCACUUGUGUCGAAGUGUUAAAAGCCUAUACCACUGCUGCCGUAGUUGCCUCAAGGUUGACCAACUGUGUACAGGAGUUUUUACCAAUAGAAGCUCUUGAAUAUGCUCAACAGUUGGACGCGGCGUACGAAACCAAGAAACACCUCCCAUUAUAUGGCUUACCCUUUUCAAUCAAAGAGAUGAUUCCAUUUGUCGGUAGAUCAGUGACGCACGGAUCCUUGUGCUACCUUGACAGAGUUGUUGAUUACAAUGCUGAUAUCGUCGACAUUUUGAUAUCUAAUGGAGCAUAUCCGUUUGUUAGAACAACCAACCCGCAAUCAUUGAUGAUGCUUGAAUGCGUUUCCUUUGCUCAUGGCCGCACAGUGAAUUCUCACAAUGGCAACCUCACUUGCGGGGGGUCUUCAGGAGGAGAAGGAGCUUUGAAUGGAUUGAGAGCAAGCCCCUUUGGGUUGGGCAGUGAUAUUGGUGGCAGUAUUAGAUGUCCAGCUGCUUUUAAUGGAAUAUAUGGUUUGAGAUCGACCUUGGGUAGGAUCCCCACUGCAGAUUACUUUUCGUGCAAUAUGGGGUCCGAGUCCAUUCUUUCUGUGACGGGGCCGUUGUCGCGCUCGUUAAGCACAGUGGAUUUGGUGAUGAAGACGGUCAUCGACGCAAAGCCAUGGUUGGUUGAUCCCACAUUGGUUCCUUUGGAGUGGAAGAAGCCAGUGCAAAAAAAGUAUCGUGUCGGUAUUCUUUGGUCUGACAAUAUUGUCAAUCCAUCUCCUCCUAUCAAGAGGGCCUUAACGAUGGUGAGUGAAAAGUUGAGUGGUUUAGAAAACUUUGAAGUUGUCUCGUUUGAGCCAUACAAGCCUGAAGAAGUUGCUAAGAUAUUGGGAAGGUUGUAUUUUGAGGAUGGCGCUAGAGACUUUCGCUCAACUUUGCAAACCGGUGAGCCACUUCUUGAGCAAACAAGGUGGGCAAUUGAGGAUGCAAAAGAUUUGGACAUGCAUGAACAGUGGUAUUGGAAUUUGCAGAAGCAAAGCUACAGAAAGAGGUUUUUAAAGCAUUGGCGUGGAUACACAGAUAAAGACGGAAACUUACUCGACGCCGUCAUUGCUCCUGUGUUCCCCAAUGUUGCAGCAAAGCACGAAACUACAAAGUAUUGGACGUAUACUUCUCAAUGGAACUUAUUGGACUACCCUGUGUUGGCAUUCCCCGUAACUGAAGUUGACGAGACACAGGACCAACCAUAUGCAAAUUACCAACCACUUAACGACUUGGACAAAUAUUUUUAUGAGCAAUAUGAUAGUCCAAGCUCGUUUCUCAAGGCUCCGGCAAACUUAUGUCUUGCUGGCUUGAGAUUCACUGACGAAAAGUUGGUGGAGUUGGCGCAAAUUUUGAAGGAUUGUGAUGGUGAUAGUGAUUAA